GGGGCUCAUUGCUCCAGACUCCGUGGAAGCUCUCCCUGUCUUCUGUUCUCCUUCAUACUUUCCUGAAGGAGGGCAGACCUGUGCGGUUGGUGGUGGUUGUGCUGUGGGCUGCAGUGAGCAACAGACUCGGUAUUUUCUACUUUUUGGAUCUGAUCUUCCUUGGUAACUGCCAUGGAUCAGUUCAUCACAGCCUUCCUGAAGGGCGCUUCAGAAAAGAAUUUCCAACAGUUAGCCAUGGAGUUUCUGCCUCAGUACUCUGCACUAAUCAGUAAGUCAGGAGGCAUGCUCUCUCCAGAAACUCUGUCUGCUAUUCAUUAUGCCCUCCAGGAGGGAAGACUCUCUGAUGUCAUGAACCAGAUUCAGGAAGCAAUUAGUGCUGCAGAGAAUGCUGUCCUGGAGGUGGCUGUGAUCGGGGAGUCUGGGACUGGCAAGUCAAGUUUCAUAAAUGCCCUUCGAGGGCUGGGUCAUGAAGAAGCGGAAUCCGCUGAUGUCGGGACUGUGGAGACCACUAUGUAUAAAACCCCCUAUCAACAUCCAAAAUAUCCCAAUGUGAUCUUCUGGGACCUGCCUGGGACUGGGACUCCCAAUUUCCACACAGACACUUACCUAGACAGAGUGGGAUUUGCCAACUACGACUUCUUCAUCAUCAUUUCUUCUUCCCGCUUCAGUGUCAAUGAUGCUCUCUUGGCCCAGAAAAUUAAGGAUGCUGGGAAGAAGUUCUACUUUGUUAGGACCAAAGUGGACAGUGACUUAUAUAGCGAAGAGAGAACCAGACCCAGAACCUUCAGGAAGGAACAAGUCCUUCAGCGUAUUCGAGACUACUGCCUGUCUAAUCUCACAGAUAUUGGAGUGUCUGAACCACGCAUCUUCCUGAUCUCCAACUUUGAUCUGGAUGCUUUUGAUUUCCCAAAGCUGGAGGAGACUUUGCUGAAGGAGCUCCCUGGGCACAAGCGUCAUAUGUUUGCCCUGCUGUUGCCCAAUAUCUCUGAUGCCUCCAUUGAGCUAAAGAAGCAUUUUCUUCAGGAGAAGAUCUGUCUUGAGGCCCUGAAGUCAGGAGCUAUGAGCUUCAUCCCCUUUAUGCCCUUCAUCAGUGGCUUUGAUUUGCCUCAACAGGAGCAGUGCCUGAAGGAUUACCGAAGCUAUUUUGGCUUGGAUGAUAAGUCGAUUGAAGAGAUCGCUGAAAGGCUGGAGACACCCUUGGAAGACAUCAAGGGCCAACUCAAGUGCUUGGAUUUCUGGUCCUUUGUAAAGGAUGACAGCAUAAUAGCACGGGCCAGGAGCGCUGGUGAAGCUUUUUGUUCUGUGAAAGGAGGCCUCGGGUCUUCUGUCGUCCAGGCUUUGAAAGUCUACUACAUGCGCACACAGUUCCUUAAUGUGGUGGUCGAAGAUGCUAAACAUCUCCUCAGAAAGAUGGAAACAGUCAACAUUGCCUAGCCAACCAGGAAAUGAAUUUCAGGGCUCCCAUGUCCAAAUUGGCAAGGGGCUGGGUUGUCCUUCCACCAAACUCCCAGACCUGCUCUUCCCUAAGCUCUACAGUAGUGGCCCAUGGAGAGGUCCAUUGCUUUCCUUUAGAGAUCACUACCAUGAGUGAACUGUUUUCUUGUUUUUUUGUUUGUUUGUUUUGUUUUUUGCCCCAUGCCCUGUUUUCUGUGUUCGUUGAUUUAUUAUUCUUGAUAAUAGCCAGCAAUACCAUGCCAGCUGCUUCUCCAUGUUGAGAGAUAACCUAUUUCUGAUCCAUUUACACCAAUAAAAAAAACAGUCUGUAAUAACAAGGUGAGUCUUAGACAUCACCAUUUCCCAAUUCCUUUUAUCACUCAUUUUAUCCUUUCAACUCCCUCCUCACUGAAAUAAAGAAUGGUCUAUAAAUCUGUGAA